AUGGCCACGUACCAAAACUUCCAGAAACACGUCACUUCGCUCCUUACCCCCUUUCCGUCGCGUGGGAGCUCUGGGCUGGGUGGCGCGACUGAAGACGUCUACCUCAACCUCUGCGUGACUAAGGGGAGUGCGUACCGGAAGUCGCAAAUGCGGGCCAAGUAUCCCAGCAUCAUCAAUACCCUCGACGAGGCACAGCACCGGAGGAAGCGGAAGUUCACUCUUAAGACCUAG